AUUUGCAAUAUAUUCAAGAUCGUAUCGCUAUAACACUUUCUCAUCUAGAGAAAAUAUUUCCUCUGAGUUUUUUUGAUAUAAUGGAGCAAUUGCCUAUACAUCUAGCUGAUGAAGCCUUAUUGGGUGGAUCGAUUCAGUUUCGAUGGAUGUAUCCAAUUGAGAGGUAUCUUCUUACUUUGAAGCAAUACGUGCGUAAUAGAGCACAUCCUGAAGGAUCAAUUGCUAAAGGAUAUCUUAUGGAAGAAUGCAUGAAUUUUUGUGCACAAUAUCUCAAUGAUGUGGAAACCAAAUCUAGUCGACCCGUGAGAAACUAUAGUGGUGCUGAUAAUUUGGGUCAUGCUACUGGUGAAAACACAAGCUUUUAUCUUGAUAAUACUUCUUGGGUACAAGCUCAUCGGUACAUCUUAUGCAAUACAAGCGCGGUUCAACCAUUCAUAAACAAACACCUUGAAGUACUUAAGCUCAAAAUGCCUCGUGUCGACGAUCAUCAACUUCGGCGUGAACAUUUUGAAACUUUUCACAUUUGGUUCAAGGAACAUGUAUGUAUUUAACUCUAUAGAUUCUAGUUACUUAAGUCGAUCUACAUUUCAAAUUUUACAUUUUCGUGUUAAAUAGGUCCAAACUUUGCGAAGGACUACUGAUGUCAUACUUUCUGAAGAGAUUAUUCUACUGGCAAAUGGUCCUCAUAACCUGACAAGGAGGUUCAACGGGUAUAUACUGAAUGGGUUUCAGUAUCGAGUAAAGGCCAUGGAUGAUCGUCGAGCCACACAAAAUUGUGGUGUAGCUUUGAAGGCAGAUACCAUAAGUUAUGCUAGUCGAAAAGACAAGAAUCCUCGUAUG